AGUCGGCUCUGACGUCAGACGGAUGCCGGUGACAUCAUUCUGAAGAUGUGGGGCUCUCACACCCCUGAGCAGAAUCAAGUCAUGAGGAGCAGCAAGCGGAGCGUCCUGUCAUUGUCCUCCAUCCUGCGGCAUACGUAGACGGAGCGGCCGGAGCCUCUGCGCACAAUGCUGGGCAGCAAACACAAAAAGAACCGAGCCGGGACGUCCGAACCAAAGGCCAUUGAUCCUCUGAGGAAUCUGGGAGUUCAGGAUGAUGAAGAUGUGAAUCAGAUGUUGCAGGGUUCCAGCAUGGUGAAGGUUCGUUCAGCUCGCUGGCAGAAACAACGAACCUUGAAGCUUCUGGAAGAUGGUGUGACUGUUUGGUGUCAGUCCCAGAGAACAUUCAGUCGGGCCAAGGAGCAACAAUCCUUCUCUGUGAUGGAGGUGGAGUGUGUUCGUGAAGGCUGUCAAUCAGAAAACCUGCGACAGAUGGCAGGCUCAGUGCCAGAGGGCAGAUGUUUGACAGUGGUCUUCAAAGGACCCCGGAAAAGCCUGGAUCUCCUCUGCAGCAGUCAGGAGGAGGCUCAGCACUGGGCCCGAGGCAUCCGAACCCUGCAGGAGAGAGUGGACAACAUGACCCACAAGGAGAAACUGGACCACUGGAUCCAUGCUUAUCUGAGUCGAGCGGACCAGAACCAUGAUGACAAGAUGAGCUAUGAAGAGGUGCAGACGCUGCUGCAGAUGAUCAACAUUGACCUCAGUGAUCAGUAUGCCCGCAGCCUCUUUCAGAAAUGUGAUAAGUCUGCUGAUGGACGUCUAGACCAUAAAGAGAUCGAAGUGUUCUGCAAGGAGUUACUUCGGCGACCAGAACUGGACGCUGUCUUCAUUCGUUACUCGGCGAAUGGAUGUGUCCUGUCUACUGUGGACCUGAGGGAUUUCCUUAGGGACCAGGGAGAGGAUGCAUCAAUCACACAUGCUCAAAGCCUCAUCCUGACCUACGAGCUCAAUGAGUGGGCCCAGAGAAACCAGUUCAUGACCCCUAAUGGUUUCACAAUGUAUAUGCUGUCUAAAGAGAACUGUGUGUUUAACCCCGAACACCUGAGAGUUUACCAAGACAUGAAGCACCCGCUGUCACAUUACUUCAUCUCUUCAUCCCACAACACCUACCUCACCAAGGACCAGCUGACUGGGGCCAGCAGCACAGAGACGUACAUACGAGCUCUGAGUCAUGGCUGCCGCUGUGUGGAGCUGGACUGCUGGGACGGAGACGGAGGGGAACCCGUCAUCUAUCACGGCCAUACGCUUACGUCCAAGGUGCCGUUUGUGGAAGUGAUCAAGACUAUCAAUGAGUAUGCCUUCAAGGCAUCUCCCUAUCCUCUGAUCCUGUCUCUGGAGAACCACUGCUCCGUGAAGCAGCAAACUGUGAUGGCUCGACACCUGAAAUCUAUCCUGGGGGACAAACUGCUGUUUAAGCCCCUCACUUACCUGGAAUCAGCUUCUUUGCCAACACCAGAGGAUCUAAAGUGUAAAAUCCUGGUCAAGGGUAAGAAGGAGAGGAUAGUGGAAGAAUAUUCGUCCAGUUCUUCAGACCUGGACUCAUCAGAAGAGGAAGGCAGGUGUGGAAAAUCCUCAGGAAAGAAAGAAGACAAGAAGCCAGGGGCGUCCAACCUCAGUCCAGAACUGUCAGAGUUGGUGGUGUACACUCGCAGUGUUCCUUUUAAAAGCUUCCAACAUGCUGCCAAAAAUCCAGCCACUGAAAUGUCUUCAUUUUCUGAGAGUGAAGCCCUCAGACUUAUCAAAGAUUCAGGGAUGUAUUUUGUACGUCACAACUGUCACCAGAUCAGCAGGAUCUACCCCUCAGGUCAGCGCCUUCAGUCAUCCAACUACAACCCUCAGGAAAUGUGGAAUGCUGGCUGUCAGAUUGUUGCUCUGAACUUCCAGACGCCUGGCGAGCAGAUGGACCUAAACCAAGGAAGGUUUUUGCAGAAUGGUCUUUGUGGAUAUGUCCUAAAGCCCCUGUUCAUGAGGCAGCCCAGCACCUCCUAUAACCCAGAGAAUGUCGGAGGUGGUCCUGGCCACAGACCCGUCCUGCUCACUAUCCGGGUUAUUUCAGCUCAACAGCUGCCCAAGCCAGAAUGGGACAAACCCAGCUCCAUAGUGGACCCUCAGGUAUGGGUGGAGAUACAUGGAGUUCCAAUUGACAACAUUAAGAAGAAAACUAAUUAUGUGGACAACAACGGCUUCAACCCACAGUGGGACUGCACCUUUAACUUCACUGUUCAUGUACCUGACCUGGCUCUGGUUCGCUUUGUUGUAGAGGAUCAUGACUAUACCUCUAGUAAUGACUUCUUGGGACAGUUUACACUGCCUUUUACCAGUCUUCGUACUGGGUAUCGCCAUGUGCGCCUGCUGAAGCUGGAUGGUUCCAGCCUUUCACCUGCCUCCCUCUUCAUCCAUGUUGAGGUCACUCCCUCCAAAUUCUCAGCUGAAUCAUCAGCUCAGUCCACGGUCGAGUGUUCAGCUGAAAAACCAUGACCUCGUCUCCUUUCUAGUACAACUUACAGGCUUCAAUAUUUGUGCCUGCAUAGAAUUAAAGGAUCUGGCUCCAAACAUCAGGGUUGAAGUGUCUCUUGCAGUUAAUGCAGGUAGUCCUGUUUAUGGAUGUUCUGGUUGGGUCGAACUGAGCUGACUAAUAUGUUAACUUGACAGGCAGCACUGGUGCAAAGCUAACACCUGAGUAUGUUUUUAAAAAUGCAUUCACUGCGGUGGAUACUUGAACACAGAUACAUAUCUGUAUUUUUAACUUUAUUUACACUAUUUUAUGCUAUGAGACAAUGACCCGAUUUUGUUGUUUUGGAAUAUUCAGUAUUCUUAUCUAACCUCGAUAUGACUUGGAAUUUCUGUACUGUAUAAAUUUUAUUUAGAUUUUGUCUGAACCUUCCAGAGAUGCCUGAUGCACAGGCAGUCCACCUAUGCUUUAUACUUUAAUAUUAGCAACUGUUUCAAGUGAAAACACUUUGUGCAUGUAAUAUGAAGGAACUUUAAUAAUUUCUAGGCAUAGUAGUCAUAGUAACUGUUUUACAUGUUCUAUUUGCUUUAUUUCUGCACUGCACACAUGAAUCAGAUUGGGUUAAAUACAAGCAGCAGCAAGCAUGAUGCCCAGCAGAUGGAGAUACGUGCAUGUUAAGUUACAGAAAACUCCAAGUCCUGACCUAAUGAGACAUUCCACCAAGGUUUAACAACAUCUGACAGAAGGAGAUACAUCAUCUUGGCGUUUCCUAAUUAACAAGUGAUGCUGCAGAUUGCACGAGACAGUGAAAUGAUGCUUCUGUUUAAUUGAGUAAUUUGGAGAUAGCAAGCUGUGACUGAAGUUACUCCAGCUUCUGAUCACCAUUCAGAAACAUGUUGUCUGUAGUUUUGAGCUCAGUAUUUUCUUCCUUCUAACUUUGUGUCCAAUAAUAUUUGUUAAUCCUUGAUGCUGAUGAAAUAGAUUUUCAUUAGGUUUCUUUGUUGGCUUAACUAUUCUCAUAUAUUCUGAAAGUGGUAGUAUUUCAUCUAUGCAGUUCGUCCUGUUUGAUUUCGUCAUGAAAUGCUUCUUGUAGAAAAGUAUAACAUGCCAUUUAGAUAUUAGCACUUUAUCUGGGAUAAAUAGUUUUAUUUCUGUCAGACAGGUAAGGUGUCAUAGGUCAGUAUUUAUGGUUAAUACAUGAGAAGAGGCACUGUGGAUGUUUCUAUGUGAAGAUAAUCUGAAAUCAUGUGAUCUAAAGGUCACAGAAAAACAAAAUUAAUUUGUUCUGCUGUAAAUCUGAAAUAAUCAGCUUGUGAAUGUUUUGGGGCUUUGGACAUCCUGAGUAUAUCAGAUCAUCUUUGGGACGUUUCUUUGUUUGAACAUUUCUGCAUUUGAUUGGGGCAAAUCCCAAAUGUUUUCAUGUUUUGUCUUUAGUGACCCUGACUUUCCAUUCCUCUUUUCAAUCAGUCCCAUUCUGUAUUUCUUUGGGUUUUGUAAAGAUCUUUUGUAAAGAAAUGUUUUCAUUGGUUACAUUCCCACUUAUUUUCAAUCCAUCAUCGCAACAAGUUUAAGAGGAUUGAUUAUGAUUUUUGAUUGUUUAUUCAGCCUUGCAUCUCUGACCUAUGUCUAAUCGUUUUUAACAGGAUCUUUUUUACCAGCAGCGUCUCAUAAAUAGAUUUAGCAUUUAUAUUAGAAAUAACACUUUUGGACACAAGAAAAAUACAAUUUUUAGUAUUUUAGUACUAGCAAGAUUGUACCUAAAAUUGUAUUAGCUGAAUUCUAACAAACCCUAAUUGGAUUUCUAUAUAUUCAUAUGUAUAUAUAGACCAAAUAGUCAUCUACAAGGGCUGGAAUGAAAAUGAGUGAAAAUGCAGCCUAACUGUAUGAUAACCCAAAGAAAUAUUACUGGACACUAUUUUAGUGGAUUACAGAAGGAGUGGCUCAUUAUAGGCAUCAUUGGAUCACGUACACAGGAACUGUAAAUGGUACAAAGACCAAAGUGAGAUGUAAUUAUAGCAAUAAAACAAGCUGAAAUUCAAA